AUGGCCUUCUCGUACUUCCUGUGCACUUUCUUCGUUCUGGCAAUGGUGAUCCCCACGGAGAGCAUCUUCUUCGGUGGUGGUGGAGGAGGACAGUGCUGUGGUGGAUGUGGUGGAAGAAAGAAGAGAUCAACGGAAGACAUGGAAAAGGACCGCUUCCAAGCAGAACACAGUGACAAGUUAUGCAACAACCCAGAACUGAAGCGAUUCAUCCGACAGAAUAUGGUAGCUGAUCCCAUGCAAAUCGAAGGCGAAUCGUAG